AUGUCAGUCGCAGAUACUUCUGCUGCAAAAAUUCGAGUCGCGGAUGCUUUUGCGGAAACGAUAGCAGCAACAGCGGAGUCUGCGCAAGCCGUGGAGAUGGGGGAACCCCGUCACGCGGCGGAAACUGACGAAUUCCCCCGAUUAACGGAAGCGGCGACUCCGCCACCCGCGGUAGCAUUGGCGGAAUCGUUGGAAGCUUCUGCGACUGAGUUACCACCAGGGACUGACAGAAUUCAAGGUCAAGGUAGUAGUAGCGUCGGCGAUAAAGAUCAAGCUGGUAACCCUGGCGAUCGAGAUGAAGCGAGAAACCUUAGCGGCGAAGAACGUCUAGAUCCAGCUCAACCUGUUACCACUGCGCCUAGUAGUAGUUCUAGCAAUGCCGCGAUUCUCGCUCCGAAAGGGCCAAUCACAGACGCUUGCAACGGCCAAGACGCGGCGAACACGUCAGCGCGGCACCGCGAGUUGGUAGACGCCACAGGUCAACUGCUGUUCCUCGCGAGCCGCGGUAUAAUCGAGGGGGUUAUAGACCUAUUGGAUCGCGGCGUGAGUCCGGAUUUGGCGGACUACGACGGGCGAACGGCGCUGCAUCUGGCGGCGAGCGAGGGGAAGGUGGAUGUGGUGCGGGUGCUGCUGGAGCGAGGCGCGGAUGUGAAUCCGAAAGACCGCCAUGGCAACACGCCUUUGGCGGACGCGCAGUCGUACGGAUCCGGGGAGAUCUGCCGCCUGCUCAAGGAGAAAGGGGGCAUGCUCUGCGAGAUCGUAACACCCCCCCCCCCCCCCCCCUCCCAAUCCCCUCCCCUCCUCCACUCCGCAUUCCCCCUCCUCUCCCUCCGCGCUCCCUUCCCCCCCUCUCUCCCCCGCAUUCUUUCUCCUCCCCUUCCCCUUCCAUUCCCCCCCUCCCAUUCCCCCCCUUCCUCCUCGCGUCAGAGUGCGCGCAUACGCAAUGCAGGGGCGAGCUCGUUCAACCAGCAAGACUACGAGAUCGAUGGCAGUGAGAUCAACCUGGGCACUUCCAAGGUCAUUGGCGAGGGUUCGUUUGGGGAGGUGCGCCUUGCGAGUUGGAGGGGCACGCCCAUUGCUGUCAAGGUGCUGCGAGAUGAAUACGCGGCCGACCCUGCCGCCCUCAACGAGUUCAGGCAGGAGCUCCGAAUUCUGCAAUCGCUGCGGCACCCCAACAUCGUGCAAUUCUUAGGAGCCGUCACCAAGUCCCGCCCGCGCAUGAUCGUCACAGAGUACCUCAAGGUGAAUCUGAGGGACGUGAUUCGCAAAAAAGGCGCUCUGCCUGCCCAUGAAGCGCUGCGCUAUGCCCUUGACGUUGCCAGGGGCAUGUGCUAUCUGCACGCGCACCGGCCAGACCCAGUCAUUCACCGCGACUUGACACCCAGUAAUCUCCUACGGGACGAUUCAGGGCAUCUCAAGGUGGCGGAUUUCGGCCUGGCAAGCAUCCGAGCCACUGCUGCUGCUCCGACUACUCCCUCCAUGCCCACAGCCUCGGGCCUAGGCUUGGGCAUGGGCAUGGGCAUGGGAAGCACGAACAUUGUCUCUCUCUUCCAGCCCAACUUCUCUCGCCGUCUUACUUUCUCAAAGCACAGCCACCGCCUUUAUUCUGCACCUGAGCUGUUGGCACAGCAGGAGUAUGACAAGAGUGUCGAUGUAUACUCGUUUGGAGUCAUUUUAUUUGAGAUGCUUGAAGGAUAUGAUCGAAUUCGCCAAUUGCUACCCGGUGGGACCAACCACGGGGGCAAUCUUUUCCCGCUGGCACUUAGCGGCAGUGGUCACAGCUUCACAGAGGGGGGAGCAGAGGGGGGGGCAGGGGGAAGCCACCACAGCGGAGGGGGGAGUUACCAUGGAGGGGGGAGCUUGAGGGGUGGGGGUUUUUUUAAGGGGGGGAGUGCGGCGGUGGAGAACAGGGAGAUUGUUGGGAGUGGUAGUGGUGCGGAUGGUGAUGGUGCUGAUGGUGAUGGUGCUGCUGGUGGUGGUGCUGCUGCUGGUGGUGGUGGUGCUGAUGGGAGAGGGAGUGAGGGGGAGGCAGCACCAGAAGCAGCAAGGCCGCCUGACAUUGUUCCUAUCUUCACCAGACGAACCUAUCCCGUGGGGAUGAAGGAGUUGAUAACAGAUUGCUGGAAUGGUGAUCCAGCAGCAAGGCCUUCCUUUGCACGCAUUAUAGAGAUACUGGAGCAGAUUCAAGAGGGGAUGCACCAAUCUGGCAAGAAAUCAAAUGCCAACGCAUCUGGCCCUGCGUGCUGUACAGUAUUGUAA